AAGCAUAUGUGUGUGACCAAUCUAUCAAAAAGCUCUAAGUAUAAAAAACAAGCAUUAAAAGCGUUUUCAUCUAAACUGGCACAUAUUGAAGGGUACAUGAAUUAAAAAGUUUGCUCACAGUAACAAUUUUACUCACGUUUGUGAUUGUCUCGCUUGUUGAUUAAGAUCUAUUAAAAGAAAAUUAAGUCUCCUGCAGGAAAAACAAAAACGUGCCUCGGGCACGAAGGAGUUUUGUUUUUUGUAGUCAGUCUGAAUUAAUCAUUGAUAAAGGCAUCAAAUCCACAUCUGUCCUAGACAAUGUAUUACUUCUUGCAUAUGUCACCAAAAGUCGUAGGGCAAUGUUUAAAUGUCCACAUAUUCUUGGAAAACUGAAUAGCAGUAAUAUCAAGCUUUCUGCAUUUUACAUCAUUCGUCAACAUGUAUUUUUACACAGCAGGUGGCGCUGUAACCACAGAGACGUGAUAAAUAUAAGCCAACACUUUUGUUAGUAAUCGAAUAGGAUUAAUAAUUCAGUAAAGAAUUAUUAAAGGCUCAGCACAUUAAAGAUUCUCUAUAAAAAGUCUUCGUAUUAAGUCAAGACAAUGAAUACUCUUAGACUUGGAAUGUAGUUUCAUGUGUGUCAUAUUAUUAGGUUCACUGAAGUAGAGGCAAAUCCUGCAAAUGUUGUAAAGAAGAAUUGAAUUUUCUCUUCACACCUCACUGUUUAUAUAUCCUUUCAAAUCAUUGAAAUUUCUAAUUUUGAGAUAAACUUCCCAGCGACUGCUAGAGAUAGCAUGCACUGGAGGUUCUAUUUUUAAACUGCCUAUGAAUAGAACUGUCUAUGAAUCGCCAGUGCAUGCUAUCUCUAGCAGUGUGGCUGAUCCAAAUUCUAGCUAAGAAUAAGAUCUGCUAAUCUUUCAGCCAUCAUAUUUCAACUUUUAUUGUAAUUUGAAUUCAUACAAUUUUUAUUUAGCUUAGAAUUAUUUAAAUCACCAACUAACAUUGUUAUGUUAAUUUAUGGCUUUACUAUAUUAAAGGGUUCCCUUUUGAAAGCUUUCUAUUGACUCACAUUGCAUCAAUAGCUGAAAUUAUGGAAAAUCCCUUUCCCUGAAAAUACUGAAGCCAGAUUGAAUCAUUGAACUGCACAGACCAAUGGUGUCUCAGCGAGCCCAAAUGGGUGGGUACAUUUGACUAUAUAAGCCGCUGCUGAGUGCCAUUUCACCAGAAUCUUUCCCCAAGUGUGAAGACCAUCUCCUCACUGACUUCAGGAAGAAGAACGUCAAAAAGAAGCCUGCUUGCUCACCGUUUUGAAGAGCCCAGCAGCGAUAGCUGCUUUGGCCACACGGAGAGUGAUUGAGCAAGUUUACCAGCGACAAAAGAGAAUAUUUCAGGGGGUGUUUGUUGCAAAAUGCUGCACGACAAAUAUCUCACCUUGCUGCACUCGUGGAUCACUUUCUUUAAAGAAAUUGAUCCUGCCUCAUGCGCCCCCCAUUCUCGACCCUCUCCUCUCACAAGCCCAGGAGGAAGAAACAGUGGAGAUCCUUUAUGAGUGGUUUCUUGCAGCCUGUGCCUGUUUCCAGCGAGCCUCCCGCUAGAUACCCGCCCCAUUUUUUCCGGAGGUGCACGAGGAGCUGACAAAGUCGUGGCGCGACCCCUAUUUGGCUUGCAUCCUCUCUUCAAUUUCAUCCGCCCUCACAGUUGACAGUGCAGAGCAGAAGGGGUAUGACAACACCCCCCAAAAAGACGUUUUGGAGGGCCCAUCCCUCUAAGCCCUGCAGAGCCACAUUGGCCCUGGCAGCCAGGGCUUAUUCAGUAGCUGGACAAGCUGGAUCCACUGCAUGGAUGAGUCAGGCCCUAACUCCGCUGCAAUCAGGGAGCUGUGCUGUGCAAUGUGCCACUUUCUGCUAAAAUGAGCCAGCACAGCAACCACUCCUGCUUGUCCAAAGUCCUUUUCGACCCAGCAGCGUGCCAAGCCAGUGGGAGCACCUGCCCGGCCCUACCCCAAGGCAGAACCUGAGCCUGAAGUGCCCACUGUUGCACUCCCCACUGUUGAGGCCCCCGGAUCAGAGCCAUCCCUGGGACAUCCCUGGGCGAUAUGAUAAAACAAGAUUUUUUAACCGCAAAGGCUGCAAUUACACUCUGAUCAUGUGACACACGAGAGUAAAGCACAGUCUGCAGAGGAAGCAUUAUGGCGUUGUGCAAUGGCCUCAGGCUCGACAGAACCUGACAUUGCAGAAACUUAAGUGUCAAAGAGGAACAGUACGUCAAUUGUGUGGGAAUAUUUUGGCUUUAAAAAAGAAGAUGCUGCGCAGCGUCAGAUAUUGUGCAAAACCUGCCUUGCUAACGUUGUUACCUCAUGGAGCAACAUUACUAACCUGAUUCAGCACUUAAAAAACACCACAAAGCCCUGUACGAUCGUUGCAUGGCUAAAAAAAGCCGAACACCAGCCAAAUAUACCAUCGAACAGGCAUCACUGACUGAAAUGUUUGAUAGUGUAACUCCAUAUGAACGUGCUUCCAAACGGCACAUAGAAAUUACUCAAGCAGUAACAGAGUUCAUUGCAAAAGGUAUGAUGCCCCAGGCUCCAGUGUUUGGGGAACAGAUUACAUCUUGCCAUUGUUAAGUUUGUAUCUCGGAUGACAGAGUGUCAAGAGCGAUAGGGCUGUGCAAGAAGCUGGUGGGGCACUUCUCCCACAGUUGGAAGAAGGCAGCAAUGACUGAGGCAUAGAGGGAGCUCAAACUUCCUGAGCACACAUAACUGAGUGCCCAACAAGAUAUGGAUCGAAAGAAAAGAUGAUUGCCAGAGUGCUGGAACAGGCCAAAGCCAUACCAUGUAUUGUCAGGUGACCGAUAUGCAUUCUCCCUCAUCACAACCCUCAGGAUAUUGAAGUGUUGGAGUCUGCUCACAACGCACUGCAUCCUCUCCUGGAAUUUACUGAUGAAUUCUAGAGAGGAGUAUGUGAGCAUCUCCUACCUCAAGCCAGUUCUCCAGCUUCUGGCCACAUCAGUUCUGGCUGAAGAUGAUGAGGACACUGACCUGACUAGGUUGAUUAAAACCAAGGUCCUGGCAUAUCUCAGUGACAAAUAUUGUGACCCCUACACCCAAGAGCUUUUGAAUGUUGCAUCGUUCAUGGACCCUAGAUUCAAAAUGCAGUACAUCAGGGCAGACAACAUCCUGGCCAUUAAGACCCAACUGAAGAUGGAAAUGCUAGAAUCAGCAAGACAUACAUAUAACUUGGAGAAGAGAUCUCGUACUGAAACCGUUCAGAAGCCUCAAAGUACACAGCCCUCCAGGGAAAAUGCAAAGAAGUCUCUUGGCAGCCUUUUCAAAACCAGUGUGGCCUCUUCUGCUUUCCCUGUGCAACUUGAAGAUGUUGCGGAGGCAGAGUUAAACGGUUACCUGCUUACCCCUGUCAUUGACGGAGAGGACGAUUCCUUGGCCUGGUGGAAGGUGCACAAUAUCAUGUUUCCAUGACUGUGCCCGCAAGUAUCUUUGUGUACCAGCCACAAGUGCCCCCUCAGAGCGUCUGUUUAUCACUGGAGGGAAUACACCUGCACCCGCUCAUCCUUGAAACCAGCAAAAGUGGAUAUACUGGUUUUCCUAUAGCAAAAAACCUGUGAGCUACUGAGAACCAUAAUGUAGGAUCACUAUGGCUGGCAGUGCCAUACUCAUUGUGCACUUAAGUGUGGAGUGUUUAUGUAUCAUAUGACUAUUACAGUGACAAUUAUCUAAUAAAUACUGAGUGUGGUAAAGCCACAGAUUUGUUUUUAUAUUUCUACAAUCUGCACUUUAGUUUGCGUGAUUUGUUACUGACUUUCAUAUUAAUGUUUACACUAGGUUUAUUUGUCAGCGCUUUAUGUUGUUAUGAUAAUACAUGUUUGCAAGGUUGGAAGUUCAACAAAUCAGUUAAUAUACCACUGUGAUUUAAGUAGUUAAAUAAAAAUACGUCAUUCAUAUCAAUUCAUGAAUCACCUAAUUUCAUCAUAACAUAUAGGCCUGGCCUACAGGAAAGAACAGUUUAUGUUUAAUCUACAACCCGAAUUCCAUAAAUGUUGGGACUUUAAAAACAAAAAAACAUUUGAAUAAAAUAAAAACUAAAAGACUU